AUGACGAUCGCCUUGGAAAGCAGUAGUCGGAUCGAACGGUCAGGAUUGCGCCAUGGAAUGAUGUCGUGUGGAUCGGUAUACGAGUCGCCGGAGUCCGGAAGACCGGUCGCCGGAAACUUCGCCGGUAAUAAAAGAAAAAGAAGCACAGGGCUCUUUGGGGAUUCGAGUAGCUCGUCGUCGAUCGGAAGGGAUAGUGACUCGUCGGGAGGUGAAUUGGACGGCGAUGCUGAUUCCGGCGAUGGUGAGGUUCAGAGCUCGUUUAAAGGACCUUUGGAUAGUUUGGAUGCUUUGGAGGAAGUUUUGCCUAUGAAGAGAGGUAUAUCGAAAUUCUACUGUGGCAAAUCAAAGUCUUUUACUAGUCUGGCGGAUGCUGUCUCUUGUUCCUCCCUUAAAGAAAUUGUGAAGCCUGAAAAUGCUUACACCAGGAAACGCAAGAAUUUGCUUGCUUACAGUACUCUCUUUGACAAGAAUCGCAAUUCUCCACUGAGAGGUAACAGUGGUGGCAUAUCAAAGAGACCUGCCAACUCCAAUAGAAGUACUUCGGCUCUGGCGAUGACUAUGAACGGCAACGAGAGCAAUAACAACAGUGAAAGCUCCAACUCGAACUCAUCGUCAACCACUCCGUGUCGUCCUCCUCUCCAUCCACAUGGUAGAAAAUCACCCAACAACGAAUCAUCCUUGUCACCCCCUGAACGGACUUUCUCUCCAUGGCGAUCUUUCUCUCUGUCUGAUCUGCAGUGUGCUGCCGCUGCUACUCCCAGUAUCACUGGCUUAGUAAUUAGCAAUGGAGAUAAGGACAAACUGCAGUGAAAUCUAACUUGAGUUACUUUGGAGAACUGUGAAUAUGAAGUUUGGAAGAUGUUCAUGGUGUUGGGGUGCUUUGAAUGCAUUCUCUCCUGGUUUGAUCUUUGUUGUUUUGCCCAUUGUACUAGUUGUUUAAGCAUACGAUGCCGCGAUAUUUUCAGAAUAUAAUGGCAGCAAUAUAGUUAUAACCCCUUCUUUUCUUUAGCUUUAUAAUGGAUGGAUUGCUUUUUUGGUUAUCAUGGAUGA